AUGGCUUCCGAAGUUACCUUGGCGAAAGAUGAGGACGCUACAUUACGACGGCAUUUCCGUCGGGGUAUGCUGACUGAUCAAGCUGCGCGACUCAUUCAACAAGCUGUCUCGGACUUGAUCGGCCACCCUGGAUGGAACGAAGACAGAGUUAAGGAUUGGAUCGAAAAAGAGAAGAGUGCCAUUAGUGGAAGGAAUCGGCUCGAUGAAGUUUCUAUUCUCGCAGACGCGUUGAAUUGGGCCGUCAGAAAUCCCAACCCUGAUCCUCUUGACCCGAAAGGCUUUUAUUCGUGGCCUGAAUCGUCUCACGAUCCGAAGUUCAGCGAUCAGCUGCAAUUUCAGAUAAAUGGAACCUUUCCUCAUGCUCUUCCGACCACAACGUCCCCCUACUACUCGCCGCUCAAUGUUCACGAUAAAGAUGGAGCGCCAACCAGUGGUGGACCUCCCUACGGAGAUAUCGGCAUUUAUGGCGACAUGACCAGAUCUCCAGAUCCAAAUUCGCCACUAUACAGCUCGACUGCUAAAUACCAAGAUCCGCAUCAUCUUGAUCCGAGUGCUCAGAUAUUACUCGAUAAUUUGGCGUCCUUCGGCCGAACUAGUGUCCAAGCUGGGCAUCCCGUCCAUGAUGUUGGGGCGCUUGAGCAUGGGGCAAUUGGAAGCAAUCAUUUUGCUGGACUCCUAGAGGCAGUUACUACUGCUGCCGGUCAGGAAGCUUCUCAGAACCGUUCAGGGCAAACGCUCGAUGCUCCCAGUGGACAAUCACCAGGAAGACAGCCCUUACAUCAGCCAGCGGCAAAUGAAUACCGGACCCUCAAGGAGGAUUCUUUUUCAAAGUCAAAAAAAAGAAAGCGAUCUUCUGCUGCGGACCAAAACGCUAUACAUAGUGAUGCAGAAGGAGAGCAAGAGCGUUUAGACGCAUUCGAACCUCCCCCGUUUCUAACAACUCGCAGAGGACGACGCUCUAGUAAAUUCGGAGGACCAUCGGAAAAUUCCCGAUUUGAGCAGGAUGCUGGGGAGACAAAUACCGAAUCUGAAGAUUACUCAACUCUCGAAUUCCGAGAGUUACCCCCGCAACUUGUGAUAUCCGAUGCCCGUGCUGCCGGCGUGCAUUCUGCUGCAGCUUUGUUCCGAAGACCAUCUGCUUCCAGCAAGAAAUACACACGCCCUCCGAUGUCGAAGUUGUUCACCUCUUUGGAACUGUCGCCCGAGAAUUUCUUACAGCUUCAAGCAGCUGCUAAGCUCUACAUGCUCGAUCCUGAUCAUCCUGAGAGGCAGAACUGUGUUGGUAACAGAGGCAAAGGUGAUACUGACAUGGUCAAAUUGCGUCUCUAUAAUUGCGUUAAGGAUUUUCUCGAGGCCGAAGGUCAUGGGGAACGGUACUUCGGAGAGCAGGCCACGAAUGAAAGUGGAGUUCCCAGAAGAUUAAUAUGGCCUGCACAAAAAAAUAAGAUCAUCGGUCUGGUGACGCCAUUAUUACGGCGGAUGGUCACAAAUGAGCGGCAAAGACAGUAUGCCGUAGAGACUAGGAAAGGCGAUUCAGAGGCAAAGAAGAGAAAAGCCGACGAGAUGCAAUCCGUUUCCACCAGCACUGAACAGUCAGAAGCGCCACGUGACCGGUUGACCCAUGAAGCAUCCGUUGCUCCUAGUUUAGAUUGUUUCGGAGAGUAUCCGGAUCAUAAUAAAGACCCUGCAAUUGCUCAGCAGAUUUCAAAUUUGGGACUCCUUUCGGGGCUCACGAACGCAUCUUGGACUCAUUUGGUUUCUGAGGUUGAUGCUGACAUUCGCAAUCACGAAAGCCGUACAUCCUCCGGAGGCGUCGAAUGCGACGGCGCCUGUCUUGAGAGCAGCAUCUGGGAAAGAUAUUUGCUACAGCCAGACCAUCCUUUAAUUAGUGGUUGGAGAAGAGAUGUCAGGCUUGGCAAAGAUGACCGAGUGAAUCUUGCUCACUUGAUCCUACAAGACCUAUGCAAUGCUAUCAAGCUUUCAAUAAUGUUAGAGAAAGAAGAAGUUGAUAUCCGUUGUCAUUCCAAAAGGCAAAAGACUUCCUCCGCGACUUUCACUACCAGCGCUCAUUUACAGUAUCAUGGCCAAGUGCUUCAUCGUCUGGAGCACCCUGAGACCAUUGAUCAGACCCUCGAGCGCUUAAUUUCCGGCUCAUGCUCGGAAUUAUUGGAACGUAGCAAUUCUUUCACGUCUACUCAACUAAAUAUUUAUUUUCUACAUGGUGGCCGAAAGGUUCGACCGCAGCUUGAACUGUCUUCUGGUCAAUAUUAUGCUUGGAAGUCACUUAGCAAAGUUAUCGAGGAUGAGGUUGCCGCGUUAAAAGAUGGGCAAGACGUUGAUCAUCAGGUACACGCGCAUUUACCACAGGGGCUCCUUCCCAUUCGCGGGCAGGCGGAAUUAGUCCUUGCCAUCAUGGACUCCAUUCAUACGUCAUGGAUGGAUAGUCAGCUCAAGAUCAUCGUGGAAAUCCGAUGA